AUGACCCAAAUCACCACAACCCCUUUUGGAGCGCCUAAUCUAUCGAAUGGUGUUCCGAAUGGUUUACCUCCGGAAAUAUCAAACAGAUCAGUGAAUGGAGAGACACACAAACCGCUUGAUGGGGCGCAGCGAAAAGCAUGGAUCUCUGAACGAUGCGUUGACCAGCCCAGGCCGCUGAAGCUUAUCUAUAUUGGUGCCGGUGUCUCUGGCAUCACAGGCGCCAUUUCCUUCUUGGAGAAGGUGCCCAACCUUGAGCUGGUGAUAUACGAGAAGAACCCGGAAGUGGGUGGAACGUGGUAUGAGAACAGGUAUCCAGGAUGCGCAUGUGAUGUUCCCUCCCACUCCUACCAGCUCAGCUUUGAGUCUUGGCCAAAAUGGAGCCAGUUCUUCUCCGGAGCCCCGGAAAUCCUCGAAUACUGGAAAAUGGUGGCACAGAAAUACGACGUUAGGAAACGGAUCCGCUUCGAGCAAAAGUGCAUCGGAGCCCGUUGGAGCGAAACCAGCUCCAAGUGGUUUGUGCAAAUCCAAAACUUGGCAACAAAGGAGAUUUUUGAGGAUUCGGCCGACGUGCUCAUGACUGGGGAAGGCGUGUUGAACCAGUGGAAUUGGCCUGACAUAACCGGCAUUCACAACUUUAAAGGGCCACUUCUUCACAGUGCCAGUUGGGACGCUUUCUUCAAUCCAGAGGGUAAAUCAGUCGCCGUGAUAGGAGCAGGCAGCAGUGGCAUUCAGAUAGUCCCGGCCAUCCUACCUGCAGUAAAAUCUAUGGAUCACUAUGUGCGCGGCCGCACUUGGAUCGCCAACCAAGGCGGCGGUGAACUACUCAAGGAAAGAACCUCUGGCAAAGGCGGUAAUUUCGCCUACACGGACGAGGAAAAAUCAAUGUGGGAAAACAACCGUGAAGUAUAUCUGGCAUACCGAAAAGCACUGGAGUUUGGCUUGCAGAGUGGCUUCGGCAUCACACACAAGGACCACUUGAAACAAAAGGAAGCCCGGGCUCAGUACUCGGAAAACAUGCGUCAAAAACUUCGAGACAAACCGGAGAUAAUCGAACACUUGAUGCCAACAUAUCCGCCAUUUUGCAAGCGGUUGACACCCGGUCCUGGCUACCUAGAGGCGUUGACCUCGCCAAAAGUCAACGUAAUUCCCACCGCCAUCUCACACAUUGACGAGACAGGCAUCGUCACAACCGACGGCAUACACCACCCCGUCGACGUGAUAAUCUGCGCAACCGGCUUUCAAACCACACCGGGCAGCCACGGCUUCCCCAUCUACGGUCGCGACGGCAGCAACCUGCGCGAGCGGUACCAAGUCCGACCAGAAACAUACCUUGGUCUCAGCACGUCCGGGUUCCCGAACUUCUUCCAGUCCCUCGGGCCCAACGCCUUCCAAGGCGCGGGGAACCUGCUCAUCAUGAUCGAGUACACGCACCAGUACGUGGCGCAGAUCCUUGCGAGGCUGGCGUACGGCAACAUCGGGACGGUGGAGCCGAAGCGGUGGGCCGUCGAGGCUUUCACCAACUACUGCGACGAGUUCUUCAAGCGCACCGUCUUUGCCGACGAGUGCGAUAGCUGGUAUAAGUCUGCGCCGGCGGGGGCGACGCGCGAGGAGAAGCGCCGCGGGAGGGUUACGGCGCUUUGGCCUGGCAGCAGUUUGCAUGCUGUUAAUGUGUUGAGCGAGGUCAGGUGGGAGGAUUAUGAGUCUCGUCCUUGGGAUGGGAAUCCGUUUGGCUGGUUUGGGAAUGGCUGGACGAGGGCGGAGAGGGAUGAGGGGGCGGGCGUGGAGGCGAGGACUUGGUAUUUGAAUAAUACGAACAUCCUCAGGACGUGAUAACGCCGUCGAUAGAGUGGAAACGGCCAGUUUGCAAGUAUGGCGUAUGAAGUGUGGGUAUUUUCGGGGUUGGAGUUGUUUUGAAUUAUGAAGUUAAUGAUAUUUUGGGUG